AUGGUUGUAGCUACUAUCAAGUGUGUUGUAGUGGGGGAUGGAGCAGUGGGUAAAACCUGUCUGCUCAUUUCCUACACUACCAACAAAUUCCCUAGUGAAUAUGUCCCUACGGUUUUCGACAACUAUGCCGUGACUGUGAUGAUCGGCGAUGAGCCCUACACACUUGGACUAUUUGACACUGCUGGUCAGGAGGAUUACGAUCGUCUGCGACCGCUUUCAUACCCUCAGACCGAUGUCUUUCUCGUUUGCUUCUCCGUGACCUCCCCCGCCUCCUUCGAGAACGUUCGCGAGAAGUGGUUCCCCGAGGUCCACCACCACUGCCCCGGUGUCCCCUGCCUCAUUGUUGGCACCCAGACCGAUUUGCGUGAUGAAGCAAAUGUCCGUGAGAAGCUGGCUCGUCAGAAGAUGCAGCCCAUCCGGAAGGAGGAUGGUGACCGUAUGGCAAAGGAGCUUGGUGCUGUCAAGUACGUGGAGUGUUCUGCGCUUACACAGUACAAGCUAAAGGAUGUGUUCGAUGAGGCUAUCGUGGCUGCUCUAGAGCCAGCCCCGAAGAAGAAGUCCCGCGGAUGUCGCCUUCUGUGA